GAUCCAAAUUGAAGAAAAGCCAUGUCAUCAAAGUGAGUCAUUAAAAUGGUUAGAGAAAAGAGACAUGUGUCACUUGAUCCAUCAAUUAAGGGAAUAGAGUUAACAAGAAAUAUUCUCUUAAUCUUCUAUAAAGGGAGCAUUGAUUAGCAUCAAAGAUAAUACUUGUUUGAAUGGUUUGGAGGCAGCCAUCCAAAGACUCAACGCCACAAUGAAAACAUUCAUGGAAAAGGAAGAUGUACGUUAUGCUGAGUAUAAGAUGUUACGCACAACUAAUGCCUUGCGUUUAGACCGCGUUGAGGAGCAAUUGGUUGCACUUAAAGUGAGCUCUGCUUCUAAUGGUGAUUUGGACUCAUUUCUGCAAUCUCCAGAGAAUCAAUCGUUGGUGAUUCUUACAAGAAUGACCGACCAACCGCAAGAAGAGAUCGAUGAUUCUGAUUUGCUCGAUGUUGAGGUAUUGACUACCCCAUACACGACUGCUGAGACGAGUACUCUUUCAGAAGCUUUAAGUGAAACUUUAUUAGUUGUUGAUGCUUCUAACCUGAGUAGUGAUCGAGUCAUUGAGCCAUCGAUUUCCAAUUUUUAUGUGGUUUCCACAAUCAAAGAUUUUAUUCCUUCCAUUGUCGGGCACGAUUGUUAUAGCAAGAAGAAGACAACAACCGAAGUCGAUAGCAAGCGACCGGGGUCUUUAACGGUGAUUGUCAGAAGGAAUUUAAGUCCCGUUGUGACGCUUACCCUGCCUAUGAUUCCUUUAUUGGAUCCAUAUGACUUAGUCUUCAUUCUGCCGCCGCCGCUCGCACCACCAUGGCUACAUCACUCACUUUACACAAGACCGCUUAAAUCAUUAACCUCAAUCAAGGUAAACAACCUUAUUCACUAUCUCCAAUUUAAGCAGAAUAUUUUAAUUGGAACUCAAUAUCACAACACACCCAUAAUUGAUCCCCAAAUUCCAAGUGUUUGUGUGUUAACAUGUUAUUCUUAUGCUUAUAAGAAUACUGUGUCCUUAAUUGAUGCCCACUAUCUGUUUGUCAAAAUUCCCCUCACAGUUGAUUUCUCUUUUGACACUUUUACAAGCUUGUUGAGUAUGAUGAAAAUUAUUGGACAAAUAGAUAUGGACUCCCAGUAUUCUGCAAGUAAUAAUUUGCUUCAUAAUUAUCAUGUUUGUAGUAAUGGUUUUCCAUCUAGUGGACUUGGACUUGAGUUUGGUUUAAUUUCUAUUGUUGGAUCAGUCCCCCUUUCAUAUUAUUUAUUGGCUAGCUUUGCUUGUAAUUCUUGUGGUAUGAUUCUGAAUCGUAACCUAAGCUGUCAUGAUUUUGUGAGUCUUUUCUAUUGCUGCCACAUUGAGCUCUUACUAGUAUUAUACUCAUCUCAUUGCCAAACCAAACUUAAGGGUGGGAAUUGGUUGUCAAUUAUGAUUGUUGAAAGAACUGCUCAAGUUAAAUUACAAGAGCUACUGAGCUUCCAUCAUUUUGCUAUGUUAAAUGUGGUUGUUGUGUAUGACUUGACUCUUAAUGGAGUUUUGGGUUGUAAGGUCAUGCCACUACAAAGUUUUGAUGAUUCUAGUGGUAAUCACAAUUCACAUUCAAGAUAUAAGAACUUGGACUUUAGCAUCUCAGUGGAAUGCAAGGAAUUAAUUUAUGCCUAUUUCACUGGCUCUGAGUUGGAACUCUCGGGUGUUUUUCUUGGCUUGGAUAAGCUUGUUAAUAAUGGUAAUUUCAACCUCUCUAGCAUUUCAAUGGUUGGUUCAUUUGGAUAUCCUGUUUCACAAUGUGCUUUUCCUACCAUUAACUAUGAUGUUUGGUUUCAAUCUACAAAGUUUAAAUGGCUUACAUAUAAAUAUCUCUCAAAAAUUGUCAUUGCUGCAUAUUUCAUGAUAAUAUAUAGACUUUGGAUUUGUCAUGAACUAUACAUAUUGGUUCAGUUCAAAGUAAUGCAUAUUCACUUCCUUGUUGUUAAAAUCACAUUCCAAGAUAUGUGUGUGGUUUCCAAGAAGGAAAAAUGGUGGAGGAAGGUCACUGUCUUGGGUUUAAGAGCCAAACUUCUUGUAGUUGACAUCACUACAAUCCAAAUGGUAAUGUUUGUUUCUAAUGAUGAGUUAUUUAGUAAGGAUCACCCUUGUUCCUUGGCUGCCAAUAAGAAUGAUAAUUGCUUAGCUCAUGCCCAUGCAACACAUGAUGACUUAUCUUUUUCACCUAUUUUCUUUGAAAAGUUGUAUGAGAGACUUAUCAAUGGACUGAAUUACAAAGCCACAUGCUUUGGCAAAUUGGGAUAUACAUUAGAUGCAGGAUGUGUGGCUGUUAUUCAAACCUUAUACCCCAAAGUCAUAAACAACGGAAGACUCGAUACUUUUGUGACAUGGGCAAUAAUUGUUUGGACUAAACAAGGGCCAAUUGCACCAAAGUUUUAUAUAUUGUUUAAUGCUACAAUUGUUAAAUGGGAUCCAGGUGGUUAUUUUAUUUUCAUUAUGAAGAUUCACUUGACAUGGAAGUCACUUGAAAGGAUGCUUUUAUUACUUAUAUGCAUUGUUAUGAUUUCAACCUUGAGGACAAGGUUGAUUUUUAAUGGGGGUGGUAAUGUUAUGAUCCAAAUUGAAGAAAAGCCAUGUCAUCAAAGUGAGUCAUUAAAAUGGUUAGAGAAAAGAGACAUGUGUCACUUGAUCCAUCAAUUAAGGGAAUAGAGUUAACAAGAAAUAUUCUCUUAAUCUUCUAUAAAGGGAGCAUUGAUUAGCAUCAAAGGUAUGGAAGAAAAUUGAUGAAUCACUCCUCUCUCCCCUUUGGUACUCUCUUGAGAGUAAUGAUUAAGUCUUAUACUUAAUCUUCUUUUAUCCUCUUACUAGUUCCUUAAUUUGUCAGUUUGCAUUGUAUUCACUUAAUUCCUAUUGGAUUGUUUCUAAUGAAUUCUAUAUAAAGUUACAUUUCUCCGAUUGUCUAUAUUUUCUCUGUAUUCCAUAUUUCC